ACAACUUUUGAUAUGUCUGCAAUCCAAGUACGAAGCUUUAGUUAGCUAUUCCGGAAUUGCAAUGAGUGCUCCUCUCUCGACCAACAAUCCAUGGCUGGCAGGCUGGCAGCUUGGCAGUGGCCGCCAGCUGUCAGCCUCCGACAGCGAUAAGCAACAAACCCCACCGAAAAUCCGCCUUAUCGCUCAAUCGCUGGGAAAUUUCGAAACAGCAGUCCACCACAGCAACAAGGCGAAGGAAGGUUGCUGUCGCCAACACCAACCCGAACCAACCCCCCCAUCCACACACACACAAUGGGUCGCGAACUCCAAAAGCGCAAGCGGCGCUCGUCGCGCGCCAAGGUCACCAUGCCCAACCGGCGCAAGAAGGCGCUGAACCCGCUGGGCAACGACAUUAUCGCAAAGGCCUGGAACAAAAAAGAGACCCUCUCCCAAAACUACACGCGCUUCGGCCUGGUCGCCAAGCUCGGCAAAGCCACCGGCGGCACCACCUCCACCAACCGCUCGACGCUCACCACGGCCACCGACCCGCUGGCAGCGCAGGCCGCCGACCGGGCGCACGGCCUGCUGACGGUGGGCGAGGUGCGGGUGGAGCGGGACGCGGAGGGGCGCAUCACGCGCGUGGUGCGCGACAGCAACCCGCUCGGCGACCCGCUGAAUGCGUUGGAUUCCGACUCUGAUGAGGAUGAGGGGGGGGAUGCGGAGAUGCAGCUGCAGCGGGAGCAGGCGCAGGCGGAGGCGCGGUAUGAGGAGUGGGGUGGUUUUGGUGCGGGGGAUGGAAAAGAGGAAGGGGAGCGGCCCGAGGUGCUGCGCGCGCUGGAGCGCGAGGCGAACCGGCCGACGGAGAAGGCCGUGCGGCAUCAGAGCGGGCGUGAGAUGGAAUGGCUGCGGCGGUUGGCGGAUAAGCAUGGGGAGGAUACGGCCGCGAUGGCGAGGGAUGUCAAGCUUAACCCGAUGCAGCAGACCGCGGCGGAUAUUCGGAGGCGGUUGAAGAAGGCGGGGUUGUUGGAGGCGUGAAGUGGUUAGUGGUGUCAAAGGGGGUGGGUGUUCCAGAGAUGGAAAGGGCUGCCGCCGCAUGCGGUUCUGAUGCCCACGGGGAAGUUAGGGGAAACAAGUCUAGGUUUAUAUGGCGUGGUCCGUUCCUUGCGGGGGUGAGGGGACCAAAUGGGCUGCAACAUAUUUGUCAUAACUGGCGUUUGGCGUUGUCCAAGGGGUAGAGGUAAACAAACAAAAUCUACACGAACACAAACUAGAAGUCGAAACAAGAAAGUUGAAACAAAUUUUG